GUGCUGCAGGAGGUUGUUGGCUUCCUGCACCGCCUGGGCAGCGCCAGCAAGGACUGUGUGGUGGUGAUGUACCACGUGGGCACCCAGGAGGCUCUGUCCAAAGCCCUGGAAAAGCACAGCACAGUCCCAUCGCUGGCGCCGGCCCUGCUGGACCUGGUGAUGGAGUGUGAGAAGUACGCCAGCCUCUACAAGAAGCUGACGAGCAGCAUCUUGGCUGGCUGCAUCCAGCUGGUCCUGGGACAGAUUGAGGAGCACCGCCGGAGCCACCAGCCCAUCAGCAUCCCCUUCUUUGAUGUCUUCCUGCACAAUCUGUGCCAAGGCUCCAGCAUGGAGGUGAAGGAGGACAAGUGUUGGGAGAAGGUGCAGGUCUCUUCCAACUCGCAGCAGGCCAGCAGGCUCAUGGACAGGAACCCCAAGACCUACUGGGAGUCGAACGGCAGCACCGGCUCCCACUUCAUCACUGUGCACAUGCAGUGUGGAGUGGUGAUCAGGGAGCUGAGCAUGCUGGUGGCCAGCGAGGACUCCAGCUAUAUGCCAUCCCGGGUCGUGGUGCUGGGUGGGGACAGCCCUGCCACCAUCAGGACGGAGCUCAAUGCGGUGACCAUCCUGCCCUCGGACAGCCGAGUGAUCCUGCUGGAGAACAUGACCCGCUUCUGGCCCAUCAUCCAGAUCCGGGUGAAGCGGUGCCAGCAGGGUGGCAUUGACACACGUGUGCGUGGCAUCGAGGUGCUGGGUCCCAAGCCCACCUUCUGGCCCAUCUUCAAAGAGCAGCUGUGCCGGAGGACAUUCCUCUCCUGCACUGCUCGGGCUCAUGCCUGGAGCCAGGAGAUCUGCCGAGACCGGGGGCAGCUGCUGCAGCUCUUUGGCAAACUGAACCGGGCGCUGCAGCAUGAGCAGGGCUUUGCCAACCGCUUCCUUCCUGAUGACGAGGCAGCCCAGGCACUGGGCAGGACGUUCUGGGAGGCUCUGGUGAACCCCUUGGUGCAGAGCAUCACCAGCCCAGACGCUGAUGGUGUCAGUCCCCUGGCCUGGUUGCUGAACGAGUACCUGGAGAGCGUGGAGCUGCCCCACUGUGCCACAGGACGCAGAGCUACCUUUGGUUCCCGCGUGCGGCGCCUGACGCAGCUCCUGGUGCACGUGGACCCCGGCGGCUCCGAGCCAGAGGAGACUAGAGCAGCUGGUGGGAAGGAGGGGAAGAACAAGGAGACGCUGGCCAGGACUGCAAAGGUGGUGGUGGAGAAGUCGAGAGGCCUGGGGGGAGUCUCGCAGUGCUGGCGUGGUGUGGUGCAGCAGCAGGUGCAGCGGUUCCUAGAGGCGGCAGGGCAGGCACCGGACCUUGCAGAGCGGUACUGCCGGCUGUACCAGCGCCUGCGUGGCGCCACGGAGGAGCUCUUUGGGCAGCAGGCCGCUUUUGUGCUGGCCCUGGGCCAGGGCUUUGCAGGGGCUUUGCUGCAGCUCUCCUUCCUGACUGCCCUGCAUGUGAGUGAGCAGUUUGCCCGCUACCUUGAUGUGCAGAUCCAGGAGCUCCGCAGGGCUGCGGGCAGCACGGGGCCUCUGGAGCGGCUGCAGCAGUUCUUGGAGCCCUUUGUCGUCUUCAGUGGCCUGGAGUUUGCCCACACCUUUGAACACUUUUACAGGCACUACCUGGCGGACCGACUCCUGACGCAAGGACCAUCUUGGCUGGAAGUAGGCAUUGUGGAGCAGAUCGGGCUGUGCUUCCCCAGCUGUUUUCCCCAAGAUAUGCUGAGCAACUUGGCCGAGUCGGAGGAGCUCCAGCGGCAGUUCUGCCUCUUCCGGCUGCAGGAGCAGGAUAAGCAGCUGCUGGAGCUGGACACGGGCCUGGACGAGGUGCUGGGAACAGCUGCCGUGGCAGAUGUGCCAGAGGUGAAGGUGCUGGCCCUGUCCCCCCGCUGCUGGCCCGUUUCCCCACUAUGUUACAUGGAUAACCCUGGGAGACUUUUCCCGGCGGUGCUGAGCUCCCCACUGGACGAGUUUGCUGACUUCUGCCGGCAGAGCCAGAGCCAGCUGGGUUGGGAGUGCACGAAGCGCCGUCGGCUGCAGUGGACAUGGCUGGGCCACGCUGAGCUGCAGUUUGGAGACUGCAUUCUGCACGUGUCCACGCUGCAGAUGUACAUCCUGCUGUGCUUCAACAGCGCCCAGGAGGUGGCUGUGGAAGCCCUGCUGCAGGCUACGGGGCUCCCUGCUGACCUGGUGCACCACGCACUGACACCGCUGACCCACGGCCAUGGCGUCCUGGUGGGGAGCUGCACUCUGGGGGGUGUGCUGCAGCUGAACCAGGCUGCCCUGGCCCAGAGCUCUGGCUGCCAGCUGAGGCUGCUGCCCCAGCAGAGGUACCUGCGGACAGAGAGGGCCGAGGUGAGCGCCCUGGAAAGGAAGAGGAAUGUCCUGUGCUGCCUCAUCACCCGCAUCCUCAAGGUGGAGAAGCAGCUGCACAUCGACAACCUGGUGUUUAGGGUGAUCGAUGCCUGUCAGAAGGGCAAGCUGGGGCCAGAGGUACAAUUCCUGAGCUUCUGCUGCCACAGCGUGGAUGUGCUGUCCUGCAUCCUGCACCUGCUGAACCAGGGCUAUCUCCGGCGCCAGGAAGGCAGGCCUCAUGUCUUGGAAUACAUCUCUGCUGAAUCCACAACACCUCCUGGCAGCCAAGCACAGAUGACUUUCCAGUGCAGUCCAGCCCAGCCAUCUCUGGAAGAGGACAGCAGAGACAGCUUGCAUUGGCGGAAUACUGGCACAGACAGGGCAGAAGAAUAUCUCAUGGCAAUGCUGCAGUUGCCAAUGGGGCACACGCUCAGUCCAGAGGAGGCAAAGCUGCUCAUGAACCAGACAGUGCAGCAGGUCCAUAAUACUCUGAGCAUACCAGAAGACGUUGCUCAGCACCUCCUCAUGCACUGUAGGUGGAAUGUGGAUUUCCUAAUCCAGUGCUAUGUGGAGAACCGUGAGGCCCUGCUCAUCUCUUCAGGGCUGCAAGUGCAGGAUGUCCAGCCUCCCCCAAGCCCUGGAACCCACUGCCCAGUCUGUGUGAACCAGCUGUGUCCCAGUGAGAAGCCACCAACCCUUUGCUGCAUGCACUACUGUUGCAAGCCCUGUUGGAGGGAAUAUCUCACAACUCGCAUUGAGCAGAACAUGGUUGUCAACUGCACCUGUCCCAUAUCCGAGUGCUGUGCUCAGCCAACAAGAGCCUUCAUCUACUCCAUCGUGUCCUCUCAGGAGAUUAUAGCUAAGGCCCAUUAUCCUGCUAGCUGCAGCCACAUGUCUCGGUGGGUGGAUGAUGAUGGAUACUAUGAGGGAAUGACAAGUGAAGCCCAAAGCAAACAUCUGGCUAAGCUCAUUUCAAAGCACUGCCCAAACUGCCAGGCUCAGAUAGAGAAAAAUGAGGGGUGCCUUCAUAUGACAUGUGCGAAGUGUAACCACGGCUUCUGCUGGCGCUGCCUCAAGCCCUGGAGGCCGAAUCACAAGGAUUAUUACAACUGCUCUGCUAUGGUGAGUAAAGCAGCUUGGCAGGAGAAGCGUUUCCAGGAUUACAAUGAGAGAUGCACCUUUCAUCACCGUGCAAGGGAAUUUGCCACAAGUCUGAGGAACAGCAUUUCUUCCAUCAGAGAAAUGCCAAAAAUUAGGAACUUGACCUUUGUUCUUAAUGCCUGCAAAGUGCUAGAGCAGGCACGGAAGGUGCUGGCCUACUCCUGUGUGUACAGCUACUAUAACCAGGAUACUGAGAGCAUGGAUAUUGUGGAACAGCAGACUGAGAGCCUGGAGCUGCUCACUAAUGCUCUGCAGAUCCUUCUGGAGGAAACCCUGCUGCAGUACCACGACUUAGCCACCUCUCUUCAGCUCCUGAAAGCAGAGCACUUCCACGUGGGUUUGGAGUUGGUACGGCAGAUCAAGGAGCGUCUCUUUGCAAUUCUCUGGCACUCCACACAGAAUUUCCAUGUUGGGCUCCAGACUUCAGGAGAUGCUGUUCAGAGCAAGUUGAAACUUGCAAAUGUGCCUGCUUCAGCCCUUGCAUGUACAGGGCAAAAACGUAUCAUUCUGUGUGACUCCUCCAACAUAGAUGAAGGUGGCAAGGAGGUUGAAGAUGAGGAGUAUGAUCCACAGUGGCAGGAAGACUAUGAUGAUGAUGAUGACCUUGAUGAAGACAACUUUAUGAUUGAUAAUGAUUCAGAUUGUGAUUCUUACUUUGAUGAUAAUGAUAGCUAUCAUAGCUAACACUAGAAGUGUUCUGUCACCCAGCCUGCCA